UGGUUUGGUAGGUUUCAUGCUCAGGUGAGGAUGGGACGAUUGUGCGGGUGAGGUUGAGGUGGCUCCGUGAAAGGUAGAAGUUGAGGACAUUGUGAGAUGGCUUAUAAUUUGAGAGCUCUUGGUGGAUUCAAUGCGUUUCUCUUUACUGCCGUGUGAUUUAGCAGUUAUCGUCAGUCUGCUUAGGUGAAGAAAAAGGAAGCAUCAAUUCUCUCCACGCACGUCUUUCUGGGAGUUCUUCACAGUCUCAACCCACGCGAGAUGGCAAUCAACGACUCCACUAAAUUUGGCCCUAAAGUCAAGUCGCCCUCCGCGCUUACUCAUGUUGUCCUCCGCACAUCAAAUUUUGCCCCCAUGGUCCAAUUCUACAAAGACUUUCUUGGUGCACACACUAGCUAUGAGAUUGACACGCUCUCGUUCCUCACAUAUGACGAUGAACAUCACCGUCUCGCAAUCGGCUACAUCCCCGGCACCACACCAAAGAAUCACGCAUCCUGCGGACUCGAACAUCUCGCUUUCUCGUUCGAUACCAUUCACGACCUAGCUCUGACAUACCGACAGCGAAAAGACAUAGGGAUCUUGCCCGUAUGGAGUGUGAACCAUGGGCCAACGACAAGCAUCUAUUACCGAGAUCCAGAUGGGAACAUGAUCGAGACACAGUCGGAUAACUUCAACACGGUUGAAGAAGCCAAUGAGUUCAUGGCGGGGCCGUUGUUUGGAGGCAAUCCUUUUGGGACAGACUUCGACCCGGAGGAGCUUUGUGGAAGCCUAGAUAGCGGAGAGGGCCACGAGAGUAUCAUGAAGAGAGUGGAGAUAGGGCCCAGGGGGAUUGAGACACUGCCAUUUUUGUAAUGUUCGAAGGACUCGGGGGUUCGAAUGAGAAAAAAGUCAUACGCCUUAAUCACCG